CGCCCGGGGCAGGCAGCAACAGUUCCGGGAGCUGCGAGCUGGGAAAGCCGGCGCUGCAGUGACCUCCGGGCUCCUGUCCUCGAGGUGCCCCGCCCCGCACGCCGGCUGCUUCCUGGGGCCGCUGGGCCUCGGCGUGGGCAGAAUGAGCCGCAUCUACCACGACAGCGCCCUCCGCAACAAGGCCGUGCAGACCGCGCGACUCCCCGGGGCCUGGGACCCCGCCGCCCACCAGGGGGGAAAUGGUGUCUUGCUGGAGGGAGAGCUGGUGGAUGUUUCUCGCCACAGCAUCUUGGAUGCCCAUAACAGGAAGGAGCGCUACUACGUGCUGUAUAUCCGGCCCAGCUGCAUCCACCGGAGAAAGUUUGACACCAAGGGAAAUGAAAUUGAGCCCAACUUCAGUGCCACCAGGAAGGUGAACACAGGCUUCCUCAUGUCAUCUUACAAAGUGGAAGCCAAGGGGGAUACUGACAGGCUGACCGUGGAGGUGCUGAAGGGCCUGGUAAACAAGCCCGAGCUGCUGGAGCUGACAGAGAGCCUCACCCCAGAUGAGACAGUGGCAUUCUGGAUGCCUGAGUCAGAGAUGGAGGUCAUGGAACUUGAGCUGGGGACUGGAGUGCGGUUAAAAACUCGGGGUGACGGCCCUUUCAUAGAUUCCUUAGCCAAACUGGAACUGGGAACAGUGACCAAGUGUAAUUUUGCUGGUGAUGGAAAGACAGGAGCAUCCUGGACAGACAACAUCAUGGCCCAAAAGUCUUUGGAGAGGAACACGGCGGAGAUCCGAGAGCAAGGGGAUGGGGCAGAGGAUGAGGAAUGGGAUGAUUGAGGUGCCUCCUCCCUUACCAGCUUCUGCGAUGGCGUCAUUAAGGGACCACACCAACUUCCACCCUGGAGAGAUCAGUCUGUCAAGCUGAAUACCAUUUAACACACUCUGCUGAAAUCAAAUCCAAGACCUCAGUACUCACAGAGGGUCUCCAGGCUUUGGCUUUUGUAUGUGUGUGUCCCUCUUUGGAUGCAAGGCUAGCUCUCCUAAACCUUUCUCCAGUGUUCCUUUCCCUAGGUGGCGGGCGUGUACCUGAUGAAUCCCCCAAAGUGCAAAAUUGAGAAAUGUUCCUUGUCUAAGUACAGAGGGGCUCCAAGGGUAAGCGAAUGGGCUCCUUCCGUUCUUGCUGUUUUCUCCUUUCCUUCCUUUCUCCCCAGUGCCAGGCUCCUUGCUGAGCCUCUGUUUUCCUCACCCAGUCCUCCUUGGUCUGUUCUUCUCUGCCCCACAUCCAAGGUACGACUUCUAUUUGGCUCCGUGCCUCCAUGGGGUUUUCUGUCAUAGACCUCUGUCUUUAGUGGGUUCUUCCCGCGCUGAUGAAACGCCAUCACCAAAAGCAACUUGCGGAGGAAAGGGUUUAUUUUAUUCACAGUUCCGCUUAACAGUUCAUCAUUAAAAGCAGUGAGUGCAGGCACUCAAGAAGGGCAGGAACCUGGGGAGAGGAGCAGAGGCCAUGGAGGGCUGUUGCUUGUUGGCUUGCUCAGCCUGCUUUCUUCUAGAACCCACAUGACCAGCCCAGGGAUGGCUCCACCCACGAUGGGCUGGGCUCUCCCCCAUCAGCCAUUAAGAAAAUGCCUUACAACCAGAUCUCACGGAGACAUUAUUUCAAUGGAAGUCCCUCUUUCAGAGGAUGCUAGCUUGGGUCAAGGUGACGGAAAGCUAGCCAGUACAGACCUACCUGGCUGCUCUCCUGGAAGAUGCUGUUCUUGGGAAGGCCAACAGCCUGUCCGCCUGUGUCUGGCUGCUCCACAGGUCUUGACUCAUUCCACUGGGCCAACUUUUUAUCUUAAAAACAUUUUUUUAAUAGUGCUUAUAAUCAAACCUAGGGCUUCAUGCUUGCUAGGUGGGUGAUCUACCACAGCCCUGGACCAUAUUUUUGGUACCACUAUUUUUAUUGUUUUUUUGCUUGGAGAGCUUUUUAUGAAUGAGUGAAUCUCCAGGAAACAAUUUCUCCACACUCCUGGAUUCUCGUCUGGUAUUAAUGAUCUUCCAGAUGGAGCCACGAUCUUAAAAGAGAUAAGCCUUUGGUCAGGAACCCUGCCUCCGUGGGUAGUGUGCCCCCGCUCCGCUCUGUGACGGGGUCUGGAGAGGAAGUCUGCAGGUCCGGAGUUCAAUUCUACACACCGUGGCAAGUGUCUGUGUCCUUCUCCAUCCUGGGAAGAAGGCUCGGGGAGGGAGGAGUCACUGACUCUCCUUAAUGUGUCAGCUGCAGUGCCGGAUGCUUUCUGUGACCUGUACUAACACCUUCCUGGUGCUAGUGCUCAUGUCAAACACUUGGAGUAUCCUGUCACCACAGUCCUACGAUGUACAUAUGAUUAGUGUCCCCAUUUUCUGAUUCAUGAGACUGAUGCCUUGAGGCUCCAUGAAUAGCAUAUGUUGUGAGAGAAAGGAAAUUACAUCCAGGCAGUCAGCUUCAAAGCCUACUUUUUUUUUUUUUUUUUUUUUUUUUUACUGACAGAGAACCUCAUUGCAGGCUGACCUUGACCUUGCUAUGUAGCUAAGGAUGGGUUCAGACAACUCUCCCAGUUCCUAUGUGGAGGACCCUGGAUUCAAGUCCAGAGAUUUCAAAGGCAAAGCUUUUGUUUCUUCCGUUGUCCCCUGUUUCUCUGGCCACAAAACGUUUUUAGAUAUAGGGGCAAAAGUAUAUGGAAUCAUGUCAUUGGUGUCCUGUGUCUGGGAUGACUUACAGACUGGCUACAAUGUAGCCUUACUCUUGAGGAUGGCCAGGAAGGUGGGUACACAUAAGGGUAUCUGGGGACAUUGGGACAUCUCACUGCCCAAAGCACUGUGGCAACUGUAGGUUAGUCUGUUAAUGUCCUGAGAUAAAAAUGAAGGGCUCUGGAUGUUGGACUUCAAGGAAGGAAAAAACCACUGUGGCUAGAGCUCAGAAGGCAGAAGAGGAUGGAAGGUGUGUUUGAGAGAUAGACAGAUAGCGGGCAUGGCGACUUCAUGUUCACUGAAGCUUUGAGGUCUUUCUGUUUAAUGUUCUGAAAGCCAGCAAUCCUGUGGAGAAGUGAGGUCUGACUCAUCUACUCUGAAGCUCAGUUGGUGGAGAAGAAAUGGGGGCAAUGAGCAUCUUCUGCAAUAUUCAGCUUAGAGGUUGGUGUGGUUUGGACUGUAGCAGACAGAGAGAAGUGUGAGAGAAGGGCCCAUGCCCAGAGGUAUUCAGGGAGGGAACAGAAUCAACAGGCCCCCAGAGACAAAGGAGUCAAAAUGUUCAUUCUCUGGUGGGCAGAAGUGUUGGGGUGCAUAAGACGGUUUAUCAGGAGUCCUGUCUGAAGCUAGGCUGAAAUCAGGUUCCUGAGGAAGGGGAAACCAAGUGCUCUACAGAGAAGAACAGGAUUUCAAAGACAGGUGGGUAGCUCGCACCUAUAAUCUCUGUGCUCGGGAGGCGAAGGUAUAGACAGGGUUGCCAACAGUUUGAGGUUAGCCCAGGCUUUUGAGACCUGCUUCAUAAAACCAAAACCAAAGAGAUGCAAGCAAAUGAACAACAACAAAAAGGGACAGCAAGAAGGCUCUGUGGGUAAGAGUACUUGCACUGAGCCUGAAGACAAGUGUGAUUCCCAGAACUCACAUGGUGGAAGAGAGAACCAACCCCAGCAGUUGUGUGCUGAUCGAAAUACUCAUGCACACAGUGGCCCAUGGACACCUCCCAAGGGAAUAAAAAAUUAAGGGCUGGGCACAGAGGCUCACGCCUGUAAUCCCAGCACUCAGGGAGGCAGAGGCAAGAGGAUCUCUGUGAGUUUCCAGGCCAGCCUCGUCUACCAAGUGAGUAAAUCCAGGACAGCCAAUGCUACACAGAGAAGUCCUAUCUGGAAAAACAAAAACAACAACUAAAUAAAUAAGUUUUCAAGCUUAGCAGUUAGAGAAACUGAGACAAAACCCUCUUCCCAGGACAGAAAAAUGGCUUGGCUCAGAGCCACAUGGAAACCUGGGGUCACAUCCUGGUACCUUGAGUAGCUGGAAAAGACCCACAGUUUCAUUCUUACCUAUUAAAAUUACCUUGGUUCUAAUAUGUCCACAUGUGAAACUGGACAUUACUUUUCCCACCCUUGUUAUGUAAACACUGUCAAUACUCAUAGUUAUAUUUUUGAGACUAUUUAGAGUAGGCUGACCACAAAUUUAUAGAGAUCUGCCUGAUUCUGCUUCCACAAUGCUGGCUCCUCACUGUAUUUUUUAUUAUUUAGAAACAGUUUUCCAGAGUUAGAUUCCUGGGCAGCUUUUGUAAAAUUCUUGUUAUGUUGCCAAGUAGCUUCCCCAAGGGGUUGUUUUAAACUGCCAUGUCAGUACCAAUGUACUUUUGCCAGAAUUGGGGAUGAAGGUUUUGAACAACUAUCUGAUAAGGUGAAAGUUCUUAAGUACAUUUUAAUUUGCCAUUUCUUAUAUUUAGAGUGAAAUUAAACAUUUUUUAUUUCCUGUA